AUGGGUAAUUCAAAUUCACGAAAACAAUCCUCUUUUAUUGCUGGGAGGAAAAAAUGCAAAUACCCAUACCUACAUUGGAAACGCUUACGUGACGAGGAGGCAUGGUCUAGACCCGUCGCAUUAAAAAGUAUCAAGAAUUCUCAAGAUAUUACAUCAGAAUACAUUAACGAGCUCCGAACUCAUCAUCGAUGUAUUUCGGCCCCACCAUCUUAUUCUGGAGAGAUGAGUAAAUUGUAUUGGCUUCGUAAUAUUACCGGAAAUCUCUCAACCAUUCAUAAGGUCGGAUUCACUCAUCGAAACCUUCACCCAGGAAACAUACUUGUCGGUCAGGUUAAGAAAGAUGGAGAGACUGUAACUGUUGCUAAACUUGCACAUUUGGGUUUAUCUCGUCCUGCAAAUAAAAAAGGUCCAUUAGAUGGGUUAUAUGGUGUUUUACCAUAUUUUGCUCCGGAAGUAUUACAAGGAAAAAAAUAUACUAAAGAUGCCGACAUAUAUUGUAUUGGAAUCAUUAUGGCUGAACUUUCAACCGGCAUUCCUCCAUUUGUCGAUCGUGCACACGAUACGAGUCUUGCAAUUGAAAUUUGUAAAGGUUUAAGACCUUCAUUUGCUCAAGGAACUCCUGAUAAUUACAUUAGAUUAGCGUGUCAAUGCUUCAAUGUGAAUCCUUCCGAACGUCCAAACGCCGAAUUUUUGGCGCAUACAUUCCACAAUUGGUGGAUGAUGACUCAAAAAAAUGAUGUUUUAUCUGAUGCUUUCCUUGCGGCUGAUAAAGUGAUACCUGAAUUGAAUACUAAUUUUUACGUAAACCCUGACGCAAUUUAUACAAGUCGUCUUAUCUCCUUUGAAAAUAAUGAACAGGAUUCUCCAAAGACUGUGAACUUUUUGACUUCAAACAUGAUUAAUCAAAAUUAG